AUGAGUGGCCCGUGCAUCUCCAUUAGACUGACGGCCCUCAUGUUUCUAUGGAAGUGGUUAACACUAAGCCUGCUCCAGUGCUGGGUGUCAGUAGGGGCCAGGGCAGCGGAGCCUGUCGGGGCUGGCUUCAGCGGCUCAUCUGGGCCCCUGGGCUGGCUCCUGUCGGACAAGGGUCCUUUUCACCACUCGCAGGAGUUUGUUGAUUUCACAGAGCGCUACCAGCAAGGAUUCACCACCAAGUACAAGAUUUACAGGGAGUUUGGCCGCUGGAAGGUGAACAGCUUGGCCCUGGAGAGACAAGAGAACAAUGGCUUUUCGUUGCCGCUGGACCCCGAGUUCCUCCAGACUAUUAGGCAGCUGGGCAGGAGGCCCAGUCUCACCGCCAUCACUGACAACAUUAUCAGGAAAUACGGAACCCACUUCCUGCUCUCUGCUACACUCGGAGGGGAAGAGUCAUUAAUGAUCUUUGUGGACAAGCGGAAGUUAACUCGGACAUCUGAAGUGAGUGAAUCUAAUGGCACAGCUGUGACUCUGGAGGCCCUGCACCAACUGGCCGCCUCCUACUUCAUUGACAGAGAGAGCACCCUGCACAAGCUGCACCACAUCCAAAUCGCCUCCACUGCCAUCAAGGUGACCGAAACAAGGACAGGACCUCUUGGAUGCAGUAACUAUGACAACCUCGACUCUGUCAGCUCCGUUUUGGUUCAGAGCCCUGAAAACAAGAUUCAUUUGCAAGGCCUCCAGGCCAUUCUGCCAGAGUAUCUGAGGGCCAGGUUUGUGCAGGCAGCUCUCAGCUAUAUAGGAUGUAAUGAGGAGGGCCAGUUCGCAUGCAGGGACAAUGACUGCUGGUGCCAGUGUGCCGUGGACUACCCACAGUGUAAUUGCCCCGAGGUGGAUCUGAGGGCUAUGGAAGCCAGUUUGCUGCAAAUCCGAGAUUCCUGGAAUAUGGCCAACCAAGACUUUGAGGAGUCAGACGAGUUUCAGAACUUUGUCCGAAGGCUUCCCACGUUCUACGCCCUGAACACGUCUGCCAUCCAGUACUUCUGGAAGAUGGAGCCGGCCAUUCACCAGCGCUACAAACAGCUGGAGCUCAGCACCCAGCAGCUCGUGAGCAAAGCACGACGCAUCGUCAGCAAGCUCUUCACCCUCAGCAAGAGAUGUCGAACUCAACCUAAAAUUAUUAUGCUGAGAGAGAGACCCUUCACUUACUGGAUGAACUACAUCCUCUCCAUCAUGUACUGCAGUGAGAACAACCACAUUGGCUCAUAUCUUGAGGAGACUCGGAGUUGCUCCUGCCCCUACGAGCAUCCCCCCUGCCAGGGUGUGAUCCCCUGCACAGUGGGCGAGGGCACUUCCUGCGCCUCCUGCUCUUAUGAGAACCGCUCCCGCUGCGCCACCUGCAACCCAGGUUACAUGCUGAGCCAGGGCUUGUGCCGCAACGAAGUACCCGACUCCACUGACCACUACAUCGGCUUCGAGACGGACCUGCAGGACCUGGAGUUACGCUACCUUUUGCAGAAACGUGACAACCGCAUCAGCAUCCACGGGAUCUUUGUCAGCAAUGAUGUCAGGCUGAAUAACUGGUUCGACCCGUCAUGGAGGAAGAGGAUGCUGCUGACGCUGAAAAGUAAUAAAUACAAGUCAAACCAUGUCCACAUGCUCCUGGGGAUGUCUCUUCAGAUCUGCCUUACCAAGAACAGCACUCUGGAUCCCAUGCUGUCUGUAUAUAUCAAUCCAUUUGGGGGUAGUCACUCUGAGAGUUGGAUCAUGCCCAUUGACCAGAACAACUACCCAGACUGGGAGAGGACUAAAUUAGACCUCCCCUAUGACUGUUACAACUGGACAUUGACUUUGGGCAAUAAGUGGAAAACAUUUUUUGAGACAGUCCACUUUUACCUCCGGAGCCGGAUCAGAGGCCCCGCCAGUAAUGGAAAUGGAACAGUAUAUUACGAACCUUUGGAGUACAUGGAACCGGGUCGAAAUCUCGGCUACAUGAAGAUCAACAGCAUCCAGGUGUAUGGCUAUAGUAUGCACUUUGACCCAGAAGCGAUCCAAGACUUGAUUUUACAGCUCGAUUACCCGUACACUCAGGGAUCGCAGGACUCGGCCUUGCUGCAGCUGCUCGAGAUCCGGGAUCGGGUCAACAGGCUCUCCCCACCUGGAGCUCAGCCUCUGGACCUCUUCUCCUGUCUGCUGCGGCACCGGCUCAAACUCUCCACUACAGACGUUGCCAGGAUCCAGGCAGCGUUGCAGACUUUCAGUGCCAAGCAGCCCAACUCGAUGGAAUAUGAAACAACCAAAUUAUGUAGCUAA